GGCUCUCAGCUCUCCACUUGCCGCCACCUCCUCCCAAGUCCCAAGCCAUCGCCCUCACGCUUGCUGCCGUCCCGCCGCCGCCGUCACCCGGCCACUGAAGCGGCCCGUGACCUCCUCCCGCUUGGUUCCUCCGGAAUCCGGGCGCGAGCUCCCCCUCGUCCGUCCUCUGGCUGUUCCUCCUCCCUUCCUCAUCCUCCUCUACCGGGGAUUUGGGUUUAUCGCUGAGUUGCGUGACGGCAAUGUGCUAGAAGAGCGAAUUUGGGCGGCUAGCAACCACUGAUUCUUUACUCUUCCUGACAUACAAUUAAGCACGCCAUGUCAACGAGGACAAGGAGGCACUUCGUGAUAUUCACCACCGCGAGCCUCCCAUGGAUGACGGGAACCGCCAUCAACCCUUUGUUUCGAGCUGCUUACCUGGCAAAAGACGGUGAUAAGGAUGUCACUUUGGUGAUCCCCUGGCUUUGCGUAAGGGACCAAGAGUUAGUUUAUCCUAAUAAGAUUGUGUUUGACUCGCCUUUGGAGCAUGAGAGCUAUGUUCGUCACUGGAUUGAGGAGAGGAUUGACUUUAGGCCAUCCUUCAGCAUCAAAUUCUACCCGGGGAAGUUUUCUACAGAAAUGAGGAGCAUUCUCCCUGUUGGAGAUAUUACAGAAUGCAUUCCAGACGAAGUGGCUGACAUUGCAGUAUUGGAAGAGCCUGAGCAUCUAAAUUGGUACCACCAUGGGCGAAGGUGGAAAAAUAAAUUCCGGCGAGUGAUAGGAAUCGUUCACACAAAUUAUCUGGCAUAUGUAAGGAGAGAAAAGAAUGGGCAAGUGAUUGCUUGUUUCCUCAAGUAUGCCAACACCUGGGUAACUCGAAUUUAUUGCCACAAGAUUAUCAGGUUGUCAGGUGCCACUCAAGAUCUGCCCAGAUCUGUUAUAUGCAACGUCCAUGGUGUUAGUCCAAAAUUUCUUGAGGUAGGCAAACUAAAGUUGAGGCAGCUGCAGAGUGGGGAGAAAGCCUUCACAAAAGGGGCAUACUACAUCGGGAAGAUGGUAUGGAGUAAGGGAUACAGGGAGCUUCUUGACUUGCUGUCCAAAUAUCAGACCAAGUUAGCUGGUCUUGAAGUGGAUUUAUAUGGUAGUGGAGAAGAUUCUGAUGAAGUCCGUGAAUCUGCCAAUCGUUUAAGUUUGACUGUCAAUGUUCAUCCUGGUCGUGAUCAUGCAGAUCCCUUGUUCCACGAGUAUAAAGUAUUCAUCAACCCCAGCACCACAGAUGUGGUCUGUACGACCACUGCUGAAGCCUUGGCAAUGGGAAAGAUUGUCAUAUGUGCCAAUCACCCAUCAAAUGAGUUCUUCAAGCAGUUCCCCAACUGCCGUAUCUAUAACAACGAAGAAGAGUUUGUACAGCUAACGCUGAAUGCCCUAUCAGAGCAGCCUGCUCAAUUGACAGACACGCAGAGGUACGAGUUGUCAUGGGAGGCGGCAACUGAGAGGUUCAUCGAGGCCGCUGAUAUAAACCCACGUGCGCCGGAGUCCAGGACCCAUCCAACCUCGAGGGCUUCGUUGCCGGCGUUCCUGAGAACUCGUAGACUGAAACAGAACUUGGAGGACGCGUCAGUUUACCUGCACCAAGCUCUCUCAGGUCUGGAAGUCACCCGGUGUGCAUUUGGCGCUGUUCCAAAGACGCUGCAGCCUGACGAGCAGCUAUGCAAAGAUCUUGGUUUGGCACCUCCGGUGAAGAGGAAAAGGCUGAAAUUUAAGCUGACGACGUAACGUUUGUAACUUACAUCUACCUCGUGUUUGCAGCGUUUUUCUUCAUGCAUGUACAGCACUAGUGGACAUUUUCUGUUAUUUUGAAAUGAGACGCUAAUGGAGGGUUCGUGCUUAUUUUCUCUGUUUACUGGGAUGCGUUGACCGGACUACAUUGUAAAUUUUCUGUAAUUCUGUGAAUUGAUUGAUGGGCCGUAAUGAACUGUGAA